AUGGCAGAGCUACUCAGAACUCUGGUUGGGUCGGGAUGGUAUCCUGAAUGGACGCGCCGCUGUGGCGCACACUUUCGGGAAUUGCCAGACCCCAUGUGGAAGGAUGCUGCGUAUCAGGAAGUCAUGGGGCUCUUGGUUGAACGCGGGCUAGGCGAAGUCCGGGAACAACGCCACCGCGGCGAAGUGCAGGCUGCUUUCGUGAAGGGUUGUUGGGCAGCUUUGUCGAAAGAAGCGAAAGAGGCCUUGAAGGAGAUGGGGGCAGUCACAUGGCGCGAAGAGUCCGAUGACACGAGCGCCAACCGUGCGAAGGCGGGGGCGGGCUUUUCUUUGCGUUGGGAUAUAGGGGUCGCUGUCGCCACCGUCAGGCCAGAAGCCCACGGGUCAGACAGCGAGGAGAAUAAGCCUGAGCAGGAAUUGGUGGAUCCAGAGCCUGUCCAGGUCGCAACGCCAGAGUGGGCGACCUUGUUCCACGGGAGCGCCCCAGGCGAUGUUGGCACUUGCGCAAGCUUGCGGAAAACCAUCGAACGUGUGCUCGGGCAAGCAAAAGAUUGUGGUGUGUACAAUUUCCAUGAGAAGCAGUUGAAAGCUGGCAAAACCUUGCUCGGUAUCUGCCGGCCGAGCGUAUGCAGAGGCUGCACAAAAAAGGUGAAAGGGACGCUGACUUUCAGCGACAAAGGGCCCAUGCUAUGCGUGCAGCACAAAGGCAUCCAUGGAGAGCUACAAGCGCCGCAAGGCGGUAGCUUGUGGACAUGUGCCGAGGCUCUAGCUUUAGAAGCUUUGGAAACAAAGCGGCCCCGGGUGACCUCCAAAGAUGUCCGCGCUGCACUGCAAGCCCAUGGGUUGAACUUGCGCUGCAGCACUCCGCAAUUGCACAGCUUCGUCAUCAGAUUCAAUGGCGCGGGCCGGCCGCAAUGCAACAAAGGCAAGCUGACAGUGGGACAGUUGGAGAAUGCAGCAGGGCCGUUCAUGAGCCCACACAUGGAUGCUUGGCAAAGCUGGAAAGUGUGGCGGCUUAUCGUCUUGCCGUCGUCAACCUUUGAUGAAGAGAGGGUGUGCGUGAUGUGGACGUGCCCAGGCAUGCUACGCCGCGCGCAGGCCUUGAAAGAGAAGGUCUUGAAGCUGGUUGUCGAUGCGAAGCAGCGCGUCGUUGUCAACGAAUAUGGCAUUGUGACUCUGGCAUUCUUGGUAAGCAGUGCCUCGCCAACCAAAACCUGGGCAGGGGCAAGCCACACCAAGUCCGUUGCAGUGCACACCGCCACGCAAGAACCGUUCUUGCAAGCCUUGGUGAGUUCAGAAUCCGAGCGCAACAUGACCCAAAUUUUCACUGAGGCAUGCAACGUGGCCGAGAAAGAGUGUGGCCUCGAUCUGAGGGCCCAGGUUUGGCAGGUCCACAAAGAUUAUGCGAAGGGCAUCGAAGCUUCCCGCCGUGCUGUGUUUCCUCACGCACGGCCAUGUGAUGACUAUGCUCACAUGCGUCGGGCAUCCUAUAAAGUCUUGCAGCAGCAUUUGCCAAGCAAGGCACGUGUGUCAGGGCCCCAGACGCAGAAGCCGAAGGCCAAGAAAGGGGAGACCAAGAAGGCGACGGUGGAAGAAGCUACAGGGGCAGAGGUGUCUGUGAAUCGGCUGAAUGCGGGCUUGCUGCGGAAUGGCUUCACCGGAGAGGUGAACUUGGAACGCGUUGUCCCUCUGAAGCGGAGGCCCUGCGUCCCAAGAUUCCCAAGUUACCUUGGAGAAAGAUGUUCUGAGAAGUAUGCGAGCUAUGCUGAAAAGGAGUUUGCCGAUGAGGCGGUAGAGGAUGGCGUGCAGAUGCUUGGGAAGCUCAGGUCCCGAGAUAAGGAUGGCAAACAGAUUUGGCUGGAUGUCUCCGUGCAGUACCGCAUCUACCCGCAGGAGCUGCCUCAGAUUUACAGGGAGAUGACGAAGCUUUACGAAGACGUGUACAUCUCAGAGCUCCGCGGGGCCCUGCAACGGGUCACCAACGAGUUCACCAUCGACCAGGCCUGGAAGGACUACGCGACGGUGCAGAAGAAGAUGCACGACAUUUGCAAGGAAGUGCUCACCGUUCGCCAUGCCGACUGCUGGGGCCUUCAACUCUGGGGCAUCCGCUUGCAGGUGGAGUAUGAGAACCAGCUGAUCCGGACCCAAGUGAGGAAGCAAGCAGAAGAGACGGCUUUGGCAAGACAGACCCAGACCACCUACCGCCAGAAGACUGAAGUCAUCCUGGCAGAGUAUGUCGCAAACCUGACCGUGAUCCAGCAGAAAGGCCAGGCCGACAAGCAGCGCAUCGAGCGCGACGCCGUGAGCGCCGCCCGCUCGGCGCUGGUCACGGCGCAGGGGGAGGUGCCGCUUGGAGCGGCGCAACACGGUGGUUGGAGCGGCGAACACGGCAUGGGGUGCCGUGUUUUGUGUUUCUUUUUUGGUGGCGGGGGUGGCUUACUGGUCUAA